UUGAAGGAGGUGGUGCUGGAGGUGACGGGCCCUCCCUCCUCCCCCUCCGCCCCCCGUCACUCCCCGGCCCCCUCCUCCCCCGCGCCCUCUCCCUCCUGGACCUCCACCCGUCCAAGGCCCAAGUGCAGGAGAUGCUUCAAGUAGCUCGGGAGUGCUCGUCUGGAGAUGCUGCAGCUGCUCAUCUCCUAACCUUUGGGAAGUUCUGCUUCUUUGCAACAGAACUGCAACAAUGCUACAACAGCGAAACACCGCGACCAGCCCUCCUCUCCAAACUCUCCGAAAAGACCUGUGGCGAGAAGAAGAGAAUUGAGAGGAAGAUGUCAAAGUCCUCGCCUAACUGUGAGGUCUUCUUGGGGGGGUCCUGCAACCCCACCACCUGGAGGCAGAAGGUGGCCAUCCCCAUGCUGAAGGACCACGGCAUAUCCUUCUAUAAUCCUCAAGUCACGCACUGGGAGGAGGCCUUGGUGGAGCUUGAAUACCAGGCCAAGCAGAACGCGUCGGUGGUUUUCAUUGUACUGGACCGCAACACCAGAAAUGUGGCGUCCAUGGUGGAGGCGGCCUACAUGGCGGGGUGCAGGCGUAAGCUGGUGGUGGUCAUGGACUCCUACACCGGCCCGGGACAGCUUAUCAACGGAGAGCCUAUUUCAGAGAGGGAGUACCAGGACCUGAUGAGUGGCUUCAACACAGUGAGGGACCUGGUGGAGAGACAGCAGAUCCCAGUCUUUGGCGAGAUUACCCACGCUCUUAACUGUACUGCCAAGAUUCUUAGGGAAAACAUUUACCCACAAGACUUGGGAACUGAGGACCAUGUGAAGCCCGUCAGAUGCCCUUACCUACAGCUGGGGGACAAGUUAAUAAAACUUCACGACGCCUUCAUUAAUGGAAACUCCGAACAGAUCACUUUGUCUGAGGCCCGGGUGGCAUACAAGGUAGUGACCAACAAGGAGCUGACCACUGAGGAGCUGCAGGCCAUCGUUGCCAUCAAGAAAGGUAUCGACAUGCAGGAGCUGGACGGAACUGAACUCCCGCUAAAUGAAAUCUCCUUGACUUUCGACGAAUUCUGCUGCAUUGUGGCCGAGUUUAAGAACCCCCACCUGGAGAGCAAGCGUCUGUGGGACAUUCUGAGUCACUCCCUGCAGCGAGUCAUUGGCUGGGCACUUCCUCGUCGUCCUCUACGCCCCAUCAGUGGCAGCAGCGGCAGUGGCGGCGGUGGCGGUGGUGGCGGAGGGCGGGACAUCUACCUGGGGGGCACCAUAGGGGGAAGGGUGACCUGGCGUGAGGACAUUGCCAUCCCUAUCCUUCUAAAACAUGGCCUUACUUAUUUCAACCCCACGGCCGCCUCCUGCUCCGGCCGCCUGCUGCCCAUGGAGGCUGUGUUGAUGGAGCACUCACGGGUGUUGCUUUUCGUCAUCACCGACACCAGCAGAGGGGUGUCCGCCAUGGCCCUGGCCUCCCAUUACAUUGGGCUGGGCUGCAACGUUGUGCUGUGUGUGCAGAUGCUAACGGAGGAUUCGCUGGUCGACGGAGAACAGCUCUCCAGACAGGCCUUGAAGGAUUACAAUCGAGGCAGAAGUUAUCUCACAGACCAGGCCAGCAAGGACGGCAUUCCGGUCUUUUCUGACAUCCAGGAGGCUGUGGAGUGUGCGGUUACAAAGGCGCAGGCGAGAUAGUGGCCACAGGAAUCCAUGGCAGGGAGCAGAGAGGCCCAAACAAGGGAGACCGUGGCCCCAGGAACACACAGGAGGAAGCAGGGAGGCACCAAGUGAGGUAUCAGCCCAGGCACUUGGAGGAAACAGAGAGGUGAAGAUAUACACUAGGUCAGGGGAGAGAUACCAAGUGAAAUUAUAACCCAGAAACUUGUAGAAGAAAGCAGAGAGGCCCAAAGAAGUAAGGUAGUGGUCGCAGUAAUCUGUAGAAGGGAGCCACGACACCCAAGCAAGUGAAGGAUGCAGAGAGAGAGAUACCAAGUGGAAUCUCAACCCAGAACCUUGUAGAAGAAAGCAGAGAGGCCCAAGGGAGUAAGAUAGUGGUAGUAGUAUCCUGAAGGAGGAAGCAGCAACACCCAAACAAGUAAAACAAUGGGCAUAGAACUUGUAGAAGGACGCAAGGAGACAUACAUAAACAGAGCAGUGACCACGUUAACCCGUAGAAGGAAGGAAAGACAUCCAAGAAAGUGAACCAGAGACCCAAAAACUCAUACAAGAAACCAUACAGGCGUGAAGGAAGAUAAUAACCACAUUUUAACCAUAGAAGGAAGCAGAGAGGAACUCUAAAAACCCCUCUGCAAAUGGUCCUAGGCUGUUUCUCCUCACUCGUGUCCCUGCCUCACCCACCUGCCUGCCUGCCUGCCUGCCUGCCCGCCCACCUGCCUGCCUGUCUGCUCAAGUUAUCAAGGUACCAAGUUGCCUCUCUUGCAGCUUUGUCUGUUACUCUUUCUCAUUGACGAAUAAGAGAGUUUCCAGUGUCAAGGUGUUUAUUUAUUUCGCUUGUGGUGGUGGAG